GACGGCGCGAGCGGGCGCUCAGCAGUCGAGAGAACGCGCCUCCGCGGGCGAACGUGCUGGCUGCUGUCGUUUGCGCGACCACCGCCCGCAGAACGUGCGGGAAUACAACCUUAAUAGUGAAAUAAGUGCGACAUCAAAACAGUGACAUUAACAAUUUAUUUGCAAAAAGUGAAGUGAAAGACUGACUUCAAAUUAUAAAACCAUUAUCACACAAUCGAAAACAAGGAAUAUUUAUUGGUCAAGUACUGGAAAAUAUCACCGAUAAGAUAAGCAACAAUAAUAAUUUUAUCGCAAUUGUUAUAAAGUACAAUGCAGGUUGUAUCGCGGACGAGAAUCACGUCCUUCCUUUCUAUUGAAGCUCUGACGAUGCAACAAUCAAGAACCGCAAUACGCCGGGAACACAGUGCAUAGACGGACGCGACGCGACAUAUGUGGUACGCAAAAACAAAUAAGCAAUCAAAUAGCCUGAAUUCCUCGAAUGUGCACAAAAGCCGGUGCAAUAUAUGAUGGGCAAAGUAUCCAAAUUAGAAACACCAGGUAAUAGUGACGAAGAAAGCGGAGACGCAUUUACCGAUGGCGAUUUUGAAGAUUCCGAUGAUGAGACGGUAGUUGAGAGAAAUGGUAACGUCGAGCCGGCUCAUAUGCCAGUCAAUGAAGCUAUAAACGGCGAAGCGAAAAAGGCAAACGGUUUUGAGACAAUUUUGCAAGAAAACCAACCCAAGAUGAACGGAGUGAAAAAUUAUGAAAAUGGCCACAGUAGUGAAGAAAAUCCUACAUUUGAAAAUGGAUUUGAUGCGCGACGGGAUUCUCAUGUGGAACAAAAUCCAUCUAUCGUGGGAAUACUUGGCGGUCAACAAAAUCAUGCCGAACAGCGACUGGCGGCGCGUCGAGCGGCGCGGGCCGAGGCGCGAGAGAUACGCAUGCGCGAGCUAGAGCGGCAACAACGCGAGCAGGAGGACCAUGCGGACAAGGCGUACGACAUGUAUGCAGAGACGGUGGGCCGCCGCGGGGGCUCCCGGCUGGCGGCGCUGUCCCCGGGCGUGCACUCGCCGCGACGCAGCUCCGAGGACUCCGUCGACGACACGUUUAGCAUCAAAGACCUUAGGCACGAACUCAAAGAGGUGGAAGAGAAGUUCCGCAAGGCGAUGAUCCUGAACGCUCAGCUGGACAACGACAAGGCUGCGCUGGGGUACCAGCUGGAACUGCUCAAAGACAGGAUAGAGGAGCUGCACGAGGAGUAUGCUCAGUUACAGCGCGAGCACAAAGAGAAAUGCUCAGCACACGAGCGUUUAAAACGCGAGCACGCGUCUCUCGAGCGCGAACUGCACAGCGCUCGGGACGCCGUGCGCGCGCGCGAGCUCGCCGCGCAGCACGCGGGCUUCGCGUUCGUGGACGCGGAGGGCGGCGGGGGAGCGGGGGGCGGUGCGGGGGGAGCGGGGGACGGGGGGCCCGCGCUCGCGCUCGUCUCGCACCAAUCCGAGCAGCUGCUCAAUGACGCGGGGGAGGGGACGCUUGACGUGCGGUUGCAAAAGUUACUAAGUUCGAAGCAAUCCCUGGAGUCUGAAGUGCGCAAACUGAAACUGCAACUCAACGAGGAGCGCGCGGCGAGACAAAAUGGCGUCGCCAAUCACCACGACGCGGAAUAUGAAAACGAAAUGGAGACGCUCCGUAAAUGCGUGUCGGAGGCGAAGGCGCGGGCGGCGCGCGCGGAGGCCGAGGCGGCGCUGCAGGCCGCCGGCGCCGCGCGGCUCGAGGCGCAGCUGGCGCGGCUGCGGGCCCGGCAGGACCACCAGGACGAGCACGAGGAGCAGCUCAAGCAGGAGCGCCGCAAGCUGCAGAGAGAGGCGAGGGAGGCUCUGAAUCGUGUCGAAGAGUUGGAGACGGAGAACAGCCACUUGACCAAGAGGCUGGACAAGUUGAAGAACGCCAAAUCCGCGCUGCUGAAGGACCUGUGACAUAAUUGAGCGGAUUACACAACCCUAAAGGCGGUCACCGCUUUCCUUGAACAGCUAAGGGCCCCGGUUGCCAUGGUAACCAUGUAUAUAGCCGAAGAUCCCAGCAGCUAUUUAGUGGUUUUUGACUAUAUCAUCUUUCGAAAUGUUAAUCCCGAUCGCUACAUGGAAUUCGACAAAAACAGAUACAUGUGCACCAGUAUCUAUAAAGAUCAUGCUUCUUUGUGGGCUUUUCUAUAUGUAUUUGAAUUAGGAUCUCUUGCGGGAAUUGAAAGUGAUAUUUGUGAUCAAGGACGCUGGUCGUCACGGAGAUAUAACAUUCGUUGGUUUGUUGCGGACGGAACAUGGUAAAUGCUUAGUUAGCUGUUCACAUUAUUUUAAGUAAAAAAAAAUGCAAAACUUGAAACGUUAACAAAAAUGACUUCUCCUGUCUUGGAUCUUUUUAUGUUUAUGUACACGUAAAUUUUGUUUAUUUAUAUCGAUAAUUAACCAAUAGUUCACAAAGUUUUCCUUUUGAAUUUUAUUUGCAUUUUAUGGUCAAUGACAUUUUAAUAACAGCCAGAGAAGUUGUAAUUUUUCUGUAAUGAACUUUUAAAUAACAAUUUUAACCACCUAGAGCAUUUUUCUAACGGCUUUUAUGUGGCAUUACUUUAUAUUUAUUCUAAUGAUCGAAUUAUGAUUUUAAAUGUAUAACAAAUUUGAUAAUGCGUUCUUAAAAUGGGACAGUAUUUUUUUUUUAUAAUAGACGUGUUGUGAGUCGAUGUAUAUCGCGGUGAUUAAUGAUUGUGACGUGAGAUUGUAUGGUUAGAGUUUGUAUGUAUAGUCUAAGAGCUAGUGCACAUAAAAAUUAGCUUAUCGCUUUAAGUUAUUUUUUGUAGCGAUUGAAUAGCGAAACAUCUUUUGCGCGUAAUCUUAUUCUUACGUGCGCCAGCUCUGUUUGUAAAUCGAGAUGAAAUAAUCUUGUAAAAUAUCUAAUGAUAAUGUGUAUAAUUUAAAAUAAUAAUAAUAAAAUAAUUUAUUUGUUAUAUAAUAAAUAGAUUCAUGUUCUUAUUUUUCUAUAAAGAAUUUAUUUAGCUUGCCGAUUACGUAUUUUAUUCUUUCAUGUAAUAUUGUUUUAAAAUAAUGUCGAAUAUAAUUUGAUAAUGAUUUUCGGACUUGCCAAUGGUAUCACAAAUUUUUAUUUAUACUAUGUUAACGUACGCUGCACCAUAUUCACAUGAAACUUAACUUUGUAGUGGUAACAGUGCUAGCAUGUAUUUAAAAAAAUAAGGGGCACUAAAUUAAGUACCCCGCUUUUAUAAUUACAUAUUAUGAUCAUUCUAAACUUAAUAAGUAUUGUAGAUGCUUGUAACAGCUAAUUGCUCAAAAUUUUAACCAGUUGUGAUAUAUAUUGGGAAUUUAAACGUCCAUCAUGUUUGUCAACUUAUAGCAGGUGGUAAUGCAACUAUUAUAUGUUGGAUCGUGUCGCCUAAACGAUGAUAUUCUUAUAUUGCAGCUGCUUGUGUAAUGCGGAAGGGUUAGGUACAUACGUACUUAUCAUCGCGUUACGAAUUUUAUUAUUAUAGAGAUAAAUUCAUUAAAUACUUUAAUUUUAAUAAAAAAUAAAUUUAGUAAAGAAAGCAUGAAACCAUAUGUGGUAUAUUUUGAAGUAACUGCCUAAAUAACUUAAUUUUUGCAAUUAACCCCCGCAUUUUAUUUUAUUUUUUUUGUAUUUUGUAACAUAUGAGAUUAUUUGUCGUUCUGUAAAGUUACCACAUUAUUCUCUCCUUAUUGUAUAAUACAGUUAUUGUCACAGACACCACUUCCAUAUAAAUAGUUAAUAUAAUUUGUGCAUUAUUAUAAUAAAAAUAUAAAGUGGAUUUGAACCCUGUAAGUAUUACAUAUCAAACUUAUCUAAGAUAGGAUAAAACACUUACUUGUCAUCAAAUCCAUAAAAUAGUGUUUGAUUUUCUUUUUAGAUACCGAAUGUUCCAGCCACUGACUUAAUAUAUGAAGAGAUAUACCUUUUUACGUUCAGCUGUUAUCUCCGAAGUAUGAAAUGUAAUACUUAGAGCCUCCUUGUUUAAUGGUCGAAGUGAGACAUCGUGUAAUAUAGUCGUUGUAAGUCAGGCUCACGUAACAGUGCCAUCGCGCACCAAAUGAUAGUAUACAGUAGCGAGUAGUGAACAAGUAGAAAAGUGUGUUAUAUACGGGAGUUUACACACGUCAAUAUCCAAAUUAUCCACCUUAGGGUUGCCAUUUAAUUGGGAGGAAUCUAUAAAAUUACGAGCACUAAUUAAUUCUAACAAACUUGUUAAGUCCCAUUUAAAAUGAACUUAGGCAAUCCUUUGCGUUUUAUAUGAUUAACUCAUUGUAAUGAUCGUCUAUAUAUGCUGUAGAUAGUGUUAGUCAAUUCUGUCUAUUGGCUGUGUUUGAAGGCUCUUAUUCUCAAGCAUUCUCAUUUCGGAUGUCAAGCUGAAUAUGGCACUUAGUAAGUGAAAUAGUGUUUGAUUUAGCUUGAACCUUUGCGAAUGGGAGCCUUGUGGCCAAACGCCACCGUCUUGAUACGUGGUAAGUCAAGAGUAAGGGUAGUUAGAAAUAUCAUUUUGUAAGUAUGAUGUAUGUAUUUGGUGCUGCAUUACUAAUUUAUUGUUUUUUUUUUAACUAGAACGACCACUUUUAUAAAGCGAAACAGACUUAAUGUAUACAUUUGGAUAUUUUGAAUAA